GCCUACUUAAAGGACUACCCUUUCCCGUUCCGGGUUGACCAAACCAGGCUCGUGGGCCAGUGACACCCAGAAAUUAAAAGGUUUUUAAAACCCGGGAGCUCGCGGACGGCUGCUCCGCGGCUGUCAACAUGCCACAAAAUGAAUAUAUUGAAUUGCACCGCAAACGAUAUGGCUAUCGUUUGGACUACCAUGAGAAAAAGAGAAAGAAGGAAGGUCGGGAGGCCCAUGAACGUUCAAAGAAGGCAAAAAAAAUGAUUGGCCUGAAGGCUAAGCUCUACCAUAAACAGCGCCAUGCCGAGAAAAUACAAAUGAAAAAGACUAUUAAGAUGCAUGAAAAGAGAAACACCAAGCAGAAGGAUGAUGAGAAGACUCCACAAGGAGCAGUGCCUGCCUAUCUGCUGGACAGAGAGGGGCAGUCCAGAGCAAAAGUACUUUCCAACAUGAUUAAGCAGAAACGAAAAGAAAAGGCGGGAAAAUGGGAGGUUCCUCUACCCAAAGUUCGUGCCCAAGGAGAAACAGAAGUAUUGAAAGUUAUUCGAACAGGAAAAAGAAAAAAGAAGGCAUGGAAGAGAAUGGUUACUAAAGUCUGCUUUGUUGGUGAUGGUUUCACAAGAAAACCACCUAAAUAUGAAAGGUUCAUUAGGCCAAUGGGUCUACGUUUCAAAAAAGCCCAUGUCACACACCCUGAGCUGAAGGCUACUUUUUGCCUGCCUAUACUCGGUGUGAAAAAGAAUCCAUCAUCCCCAUUAUACACAACCCUGGGUGUGAUCACCAAAGGUACAGUUAUUGAAGUGAAUGUGAGCGAGUUGGGCCUUGUGACACAAGGAGGCAAGGUUAUUUGGGGAAAGUAUGCCCAAGUUACCAACAAUCCUGAAAAUGAUGGGUGCAUAAAUGCAGUCUUGCUGGUUUGACAGUGACAUCAUACAAGUCAUUCCACUCACUAGGAAGACUACAUGCUGUCAGGAAAACACCAUCGCUGUGACCUUUCUGAACUACCAUGCAGCCUUACCCCGUGUGCAGUCAUCAAGAAGUAUUCAUUAAGGUGUAAAGGAAAAUAAAACACUGCCCUAUUUUACAGUUGGUCUUUGGUUUGGGGGCCUAAUGACUUACAUGUUAAUAAAAUUUAGUGACUGAGUAGCAAGUAUAUAAAAGCAUACUAAGGACUGGUAUGCAGCAAUACAGGUCUGUCAUUACUUGAAAAAUCAGCCACCAGUGUAGCUGAAAGUUCCUGUAAAGGUCAAGUAUUUCCUAUCUCAGUGCCAUUAAUCCUGAAACGUGGAACAUUUUAAACACAUAGUAGUGUUUAAAUUCAUAAAAUAUUAUAUUAGAAGCCUGAGAGACGGUAAAUUGAAUGAAAAAAUUUCACAACUCAGUUUUUCACUCGUAAUUAAUGCUUUAUGUGGUACUUUCAGUGAACUCAAGUGUAUUUCCACCAUUUGCCAUAUUCUAAAACUAGGGAGUACACUUACUGAGAAUUGGCUUAGAUAACUCUUGACCAUGUACCAGUGACUUGAGAUGUGGCAGCUAAUUAGAAUUGAAGGUCAUGAUUUGGGGUUGUAACUUAAUCCACGUUCUUAAGAGUAUCUGUAUACUUUAUUAAUCUGUAAUCACCAUAUUGCUUUAAAUUGUUUAUUUUCUUUUUAAAUCUACUUUCAUAAUACAGGCAAUGUGAUUAGUUGUCUUUAACAGAAUCAUUCAGUGUCUAACAAUAUCUUAAGCACAUCUUCAUGAAUGAAACUUGGAAAAAAGAAAAUUUAAAACACAAGACUAAAAAACAAUCACAAAAUAUAGGUGUAAGUACUAUUUUAAACAGUAAGAAGGAAAAAAUAAUGUAGCAAAGAAACAAACCAUAAGUUCUCCAUAAGACUUGGUAUUCUGAACAAUUUUUUUUUAAGUUUUAGAGUAAACAAAGAUAAUAAAGGAAAAGGAAGGCUGGUUCCUUGGAAAUGAUUGACCAGUAAAGACAAAAUCACUUCAGGACCUUUCUUGUAAUUAGAUUUUACAUUUUCUACCAAUAAAAAUGGGCAAUGUGUAUUUAUUUGCCUAAGUUAUGGUGAAAGGAAGUCUGACUUAAGGUAAUCAGUGGAUAUUGCUGAAGUAUGUUUUUUUAUUUUUUUUAGGAUUAAAACCAGCAAACUGUCUUAUACAUGGCAGGAAGUGUUAAAACAAGCAUUAGUUCUGUAACAGACCAUGCCCCAAAACAUCAGAUUGCUAAUGGACAUAAAAGGCAAAAGCUGCGCUCUAAAAUACAGUUACGUAUGAGUAGUAUUACUACAAACUCUUUAUUUACAACAAAAUCUGUUUCAGUUUGCUGGUGUGACCACAGCUUUGUAAUUCCAAAGGAGAGAUAACCUCAGAGAUGUUUAGUUGGUAGAAGAGCUUGAAGGUAUACUAAAGUCACAAACCACUAGGUGACACUGUGGUCACCUGUUCAAAGUAGACCAUUAGUGACUACAAGUCCUCCUUAGUCUCUGCAAAUCAAUGGAAAAAGGAAAGUAGACACACCAGUGGAAGAAUGGACACAUGGAGAAGACUGACAUUCUAAGUCGUGCCAUUUGACUUUAUUUAAAAAAUCAUAAUAGAAUCUCUUUAAAAGUUUUAAAGGAGCUUUACAAUAAAAUUCUUAAAUACA